GCUCCACGGAGAUCCACUUGUCCCGCCCAAGCGCAGGAAAAGGAAAGGAAAAAAGAAAAAGAAAAAUCAUCAUCACAAAUCAAAAAUAAAAAUAAAAAUAGACACCAGAAAAACCUUUGAUCAACGGCCAAGUUGACAUCUCACCAUCUUCCAUCUUCCUCCCUCUCAGAACGUCAACCCCCCUGAAUGGACUGCCGGACGUCGGAUUCCGCCGCGGGCAUCGACCCCAAAAUCCUCGACAACUGGCAAGACGCCCUGAACACCAUCCCGACUUGGGACCAUCCCGCCUACGAACAACCCCUGGAGUGGGAUACCAGUCAAGAUUCCAGUCAGGGCGAUGACUCGGCGGACAUGAAUGCCGCUCAAGCCUCUCUAGCCAGGGACCUUCUCGGCCCGUCGGACCCCUUUUCCACCGCCGAUAGGUGCGCGCUCCCUCCGGCCCCCCUACGUGGUCGCAAGCUGACGGUCGUUCGGCCAUGUAGCAAACCUGGCACCACCACCACCUCCCCCGACCGUUUCGGCUUGAUGGAGGGCCCCAUCGACGGCACCGUCAGUGGCACUAUGAGCCCCAGAACGCUGCCACCGUCCGCCGACGACCACUUCCAGCUCGAUGACUCAUGGCGGCAUUACCAGUUGCUCAACGCCAUGACCGCCGGCAUCCCGAUGGAAUCUUCCCUCUACCCCUAUUCUAAAGGUCCCGCCCCCGCCAACAACACCGUCAUCGUCGGCGAUACCGGGGAGCUGUCCCAGGAUCCGGGGUAUGGCGACCUGUCCGACCCGCUCCUGGCCUUCCAGAACAUGCUGCCGCCCUUGGCCUUCAACGCGCCCGAGCCCUGGACCGGCUCGGCGGCCACCUCGCCCGCACCCGUCCCCAUGCCCCUGGGGGCCCCGGGCUCGCUCAAAGAAGCCAACAUGCUGCGCGGAUUUUCUGAGUCCACGCAGCCCCUCCAUCCUCGCUGGACCCCCGCCGUGGAGUCGCAGCUGCCCGCCGCCAUGAUCUCGCCCCCCGUGUCCGCCCUCUCGUACGAGACGGGGCUGGUCGGCGGCGACCGACGGACCCCGGAUGGGUUCCACUACCGGUCGGAAACCUCGUCAGUGUCGGGCGAUCUGUCGGGGGUCUACGAGUGCUCCUACUCGGCCACGAGUGACGAUCACCUGCCGGUCGCGGCCGAGCGACCGCUAGACGGAGACCACUCAUGGGGUGGGAAGGAACAGUCUCCAUCCGAGGCAGUACCCCCACCGCAGCAGCAGCAGCAGGCCACGGCCUUUAUGGUCAGCGAGUCCCCGUCCGAGUCGUUCCUUGUGUCGGCUCCGCCCCGGUCCCGGGCCGCCUCAGCAGCCGCGCCGCGGAGCUCCGAUCGGCCCUCGGCCCUGGCCCUCCAGUCCGCGGCCACGGUACGGAAGCGCAAGCAACGCAGUGCCAACGCCAGCCUGGACCACGGCCAACCCAAGCCCCUGCAGAUCGUCCAGGAAGACGGCCAAGGGGGGUCGAUCGCGUCGGCCGAUUUCGUGUCGCCUCCGCGGGGGGCCCGUCGCAAGGGACCGUUGUCCAUGACCGGCCGGGCCAACGCCGGCUUGCGACGCAAGAACAAGGAUACAUGCGUGCAAUGUCGGCUGAACAAGCGCAAGUGUGACGGCAACGCCCCAUGUGAAGCAUGCCGACCGACACUCCACGAACAACCAUGCGCCAAGGCAUGCUUUGCCAGCAUCGUUGAAUACGGAACGUGCAAUUACAUCUCCCAACGUGCCGUGAACCAUCCGACCUUGGACCGCGCGCGUCGCGUGCGGAUGGAGAUCCCGGUGGAAUUCGAUCUGAACGAACUCUUGUCCGUUCUGAGCCAGCGACAGGGGCGAUUCAACAUCCGCGCCAGUCAGGCCUGGGGGUCCCUCUACGUGCUGGACCUGGCCGAAACCUACAAGUUCCUGAAGAACCUCAGUGACUGCAAUGGCAACUCGCGGUCCAACUUCCUCGACUUUGUCGACCGACGCAUCCUCGAGUCGAAGGACAAGUCAAAGAACUGGCUGACCUGCGUGAAGGACUGCGAUCCGAUGAACCACGUCUAUACUCUCCUCUCCCAGUGGAAUAACAUGCCCAGCCGCGCCAGCUACAGCUUCGUCCCCGUAGAAGGCGGAGGCGAAGAGCGACCAAUGGACAUCCAGAACGAGUCCGACCGACGCGAGAUCCUCCUCGCAGCGCAGCUCUCACGCAUCAUCUGCCGCAUGCUGGAGGUAGAAGGGUUCCGCAAGCUGGAGCGCGACUUCUACAACAUCAAAUGGAAGCAGAUCUCGCAAGAGACACACCUCCGCUUCCUGCGCGAGCUGGGCCACAUCCUCCUCACGCUCCGCUGGCGCGUCUCAUGGUGGAAACGGCUCGGCGACGGCGGUCGCGACCCCGACCCGACCAAGCAGCACUACGUCGACCGCGUGGACCUGCUCUGCCGCAUCCUGUACGUCUACUACACGUGCGUGCUGGCCAAGCUCCCGUCUUGGUCCGCGUCGGAUGUUCCCAAGGGCGUGUGGUCCUCGUACGCGGACUCCGAGAACGCCGUUUGGGAUGACUUCCCGGCGGACCCGACCGACGAGGGAUUCCAGCGGUGGAUCGAUCGCGGACAGGAUCUGAUUGACCAGGCUGGGGUGCGACGGCGGGUGGCUGCUUAGUCGGAUGGUGGCAACCAUGGAGUCCACACUGGAUGGAUGGACGGCGGAUAGAACUGAAUUUGAGAUACCCCUGAGCGACACUUACGAAUGAUGACUCUACUCUGUAUAUGGCUUGUACGUACUGUUUUGGUUUACUUGAUAUAUACGAUAGAAUAUACAAUGAUUAUAAAUACCGA